AUGUUUAAAUUUAAAGUAAAUUAAUGUUGUUAUUUAAACUAAGUUAAUUGAUUAUGGAAGUCGUUUACAUUUUGAUGAUCUCCCAUAAUUUUCUUUGGUAAAUUAUAUUCAAUAUGAAAAAAAAAUGGAAAAAACAACAACCCUAAAUUAUACAAAGUCUUAUCAAAAUAUUGAACCAUGGGUAAUAGAUAUAUGGACUUUGGGAUGUGUAAUUGUAGAAAUACUUUAUGGUAUUCCACUUUGGUUGAGCAAUAAAAUUAUUAUUUAGCAUCAUGAUAAAGAUUUAAUUUAGUUUGCUGUAAUAAAUAGAGCAUUUGAUCAAAUUAUAGAAAGUUGAGCCUUAGUUGUGAAAAAUUUUUAGAUCAUUAUUUAGACAAUAAUUAUUCUGGUAUUUAUAUGCCUUUAAAUUCUAGAAAAUAAAGGUGAUUUAGAAAUUAGGCUGUUAUUAAAAGAAAUGCUUACCAUUGAUCCAGAUCAAAGAAUUGCUCCUUGUACAAUUAUUGAAUUUCUUUAAACUACUAAAGAAAGAUUAACAACUGAAUGA